GAGUGAAACUUUCGAUUCCUACGAGAACGGCGCACAAAAGUAAAACCACAAGUCCAAGCUUAGGUGACAUUUUCAGCUCAACAAGUGUGUUAUGAGAAAACUGAAGUUCUUGCCACAAUUUUCGUCCCAUUUAUACAUAUUUCAUAAGUCUUAUCAUCCUGACUUACGAAGAAAAUGCCAAUAUUCACCGGACUUCAUGAACUUUAAUCAAUUCUUCGAACUCUACGUUAUUGUCGUUGAUGUUGAGCUACUCAAUAGCAUUUUCGUUGAAACAUUUCUUCCACUUAAACCAUACUAUCACAUUUAUUAAGAAUUGCAAUAUGCAUGAAGUCCAAAUUCCACGCAAGCAGAUAAGCUUGCGGUUCCCUUGACAAAUCUGUAUAAAUAGCAAAGAUUCCCAGCCAAAGUCACAGUGUCUUCCAGCCUCUCAAGCCAAGCUAAAGAUGUCUCCUAAAUUCGCUCUUGCAAUUCUGCUGCUCAGCUGCGUUCUCCUAGGAAUGGCGAAUGCCCAGCAAAACAGGCGCUCUCAGCAGUCUAGACCUCCCCGACCAAACAUCGGGCCCCGAAUGAAUCAGGAUGGUUCUUUGCCACCAAAUUACCCCCCUCCGGCUGAGGAUGCUGUAGCCAGUGGUGGUUCUGCCACCGUGGAUUGCGUGCCCAAUCUACUGGCUGGUAACAUCCGUGAUACCAGGAAACCUAGGCCCAAGCCAUAGUUAGAAAUCG